AUGAUAUUCGAAAAUUUCAAUGUUGAUUAUGACAAUAGUCACAAUACAAAAGAUUCGUCGAAUUAUAACUUCGCAGGGUCUGUUUUGAAAGAUCAGCUUCAUCAAUUUGGCAAAGAUGUACAAGACAAACUAGAUCUGCUUAAAAAUGAACUGCAGCAGAAGUUUGAAGCCGAAUUCGAAGCCCUUUUUGCAAGAGUAAAGAAAGUCAAUGAACUAGAUUCACAAUGUCCAGGAAUUCAGAAACUGGUUAAAGAAGAGGAUUUUCAAAGUGAGAAGAAAGCAGUUGAAAAUUGCUUGAAAGAUGAAACGUUCCAGGAUCUAAAAAAACAGGAAGACCUCUUUGAGAGAAAAAAUGAUGCCAGGAAGUAUCCGAAAAUUUCACAAUGUGCUGGUGGGAAUGGCAACAACUCAGCUUCUAAAACUGAAGUGAAGGUAGCAAAGGAAAACAAACCGUGCAAUCAAGCCACAGCUAGCCCAACUGGAAAUGGGUGUGGAAAAAAUGGUGAAGGAUUUGGUGAUGAUGGCAAUGAUCCACCUGAGAAAAAAUUUAGCUGCUUGAAACCACAUUAUCUGGAUAUUGUUGUUCCCAAGAAAAGUAGACAAAAUGAUAAAUUUCAAGAAAGCAGUUAUAAAGAAUCACACCCUGAAGAAUCACACCUUGAAGCAAUGCCUUAUCAAGAAACUCCAGAUUUAAGUUCCAAUGAAAAUAGAUCAGGACCAAGUGACAGCAAUCAAUCAAAAGAUGUGGAAAUGGAUAUCCUUGAGCCCUUGGACAUGAAUGUUGUGACCUUAUCAGAUAGCAAAGAUGACAAGUGUGAUGAUUCAAAUAACCAAGGUUUGGAUAUCCUCACAGGCAGCAAGAGUAACAUGUGUGAAGCCUCACAAGAACAGAGUGGAAAUAUUCAGGAAACAACAACAGAUGGUGGAUUUGACAAAAUGGAAGUGGAUGCAUCAUGUCUACCAGGCUUGCAUAUCCUUCCAGGCAGCAAGAAUAACAGGCAUGAACCUUUACAUGGCCAAAGUGGAAAUGAACCAGCCACAGCAGUGGGGAGCAAAAUGCAAGUGGAUCCAUCCUAUCAUUUGGAAAUGAAUGCUGGUGAAACAUCGCAUUUUCAGAUUGGAAAUAAACCUGACGAGACAAUUAAAAAUGGACCAAGUGCCUUGGAUAGCUAUAGGCCAUUACCAUAUACAAUCCUGUUACAAUUUGAUCCUGUGUUAAACAUUCAUGGAAAAGAUGGUCUGUAUAAACAUCACCGUGAUUUCACCAUUCUUCGUGUAAUUGAUCGUGGAAAGUUCGGAGUUUGCUAUGAGAUUGAAGACUUGGCAUCUCGAAAAAAAUUUGCAUUAAAGAAGAUCAAGAGUCGAGACUUUGAUCUCAUCGAGCUGGAAAUCUGGUCUAAGAUUAGACCAACCCAUGUAAUCACGCCACUAGGAGCUUAUGAUGAUGGCAACGAUGUCUAUAUUUUUAUGGAGCUUAUGGAUGGUACGUUCAAGUUUAUUGGUCAUAAUCGUGAAGCGUUAGGGCUGACUGAAGAAAGAAUUGCUGCACUUAUAAAACCAAUCUUGGAGUGUCUUGACUUGAUUCAUCGUGAAAAAUGGGUGCACGCUGACAUAAAACCUGAAAACACGUUUUUUGGUCACAACUGCGUGAAACUCGGUGACUUUGGACUUGCAGUCAAUUUAUUGACUCAGAAUAAGAAGUACGGCCUUCGUGGUACUGCGCCGUACAUGUCUCCGGAGAUUUGUCGCGAGGAAGGAUAUGGUCCGCUGUGA